UCCCGUGGUCACUUCCGCUGUUGGGCCGUCUCCGCCUAUGCUCGGAGAAAUCUACCGUGGAGAAUAAGCUGGAGGGGAAGCAGAGGGUGGCCUUGGUGUUCUCCCGGGUGUGGCGGAGACCUGCGAUCCGGGCCCUUGCUCUCAGGAACAAGACAGUUCAUAUGCAGCAAGUGAAAAAAGGCUUCAAGAAUGAGAAUGGAUUCUUACUUUCCAAACCUUUCACCAGAGGACUCUCUCCAGUCAGGACAGACAGAAAUUCCAAACCAGCAGCUUUCCCAAGAUCAGUAGAAAUGAUUGAGUCACAGAUAUCGUUUGAGGACAUUGCUGUGGACUUCACAUGGGAGGAGUGGCAGCUUCUGAACCCUCCUCAAAAGAACUUGUACAGAGAUGUACUUCUGGAGAACUACAGCAGCCUUGUCUUCCUGGGUUGUGACCUUUCGUUCCCCAGCAAUAAACUGGUCUCUGGAGAUCACUGUAAAAUUGUAGUGGAUGAAAAGUCCGGUCAGGUGACACUGGAAGAUACCAGCACCAAUGGAACAGUAAUCAACAAGUUGAAGGUUGUUAAAAAGCAGACUUGCCCUUUACAGACUGGGGAUGUCAUCUACCUGGUGUACAGGAAGAAUGAGCCGGAACACAAUGUGGCGUACCUCUACGAAUCUUUAAAUGCAAAGCAAGGCAUGACCCAGGAAUCCUUUGAAGCCAAUAAAGAAAAUAUGUUCCAUGUGACCAAAGGUCCCUCAGGUCCAGGGUGGGAUGACAACCCCCAGGUCCCACCACCAUUGCCUGCCACCCAGGCAUGCUUGGAGGAACCACAGCCAUCUACAUCGACGUCAGACCUCUUUCCCAUGGCCUCUGCCUCUUCCACAGAGCCAUCCUGUGCAGGGCAAGAUCAUUCCUCCAGCUCAGGGUCUGGAGGUGCAGGCACCUCCCCAGAAGGAUGUGAUCCAUUUGUGGCAAAUGAUGAACUCUCCAGCCUCAUUUCAGCUCUCCCAGACAGAGAAGGAGCACCUUUUCCUUUGUUAGGGUCCCAAGACCAGGAGGAUUUGGAGCCCAUUAAGAAGAAGAUGAAAGAAGAUGAGGAGCUAAAUUUGAGCCUGCCAUUGGUGGUCACAGACCAAUAUAGAAAUGCCCAGGCCACCCAUGACGACAGCAGAGCUGCCACUGUGAAGACAGACAAAAUGGCGGAGACACUCACAUGCAUCAUCUGCCAGGACCUGCUGCACGACUGUGUGAGUUUGCAGCCUUGUAUGCACACAUUCUGUGCAGCCUGCUAUUCUGGCUGGAUGGAACGCUCAUCCCUGUGCCCCACAUGCCGUUGUCCGGUGGAGAGGAUCUGUAAGAACCACAUCCUCAACAACCUCGUGGAAGCAUACCUCAUCCAGCACCCAGACAAAAGUCGCAGUGAAGAAGAUGUGCGCAGUUUGGAUGCUAGGAAUAAAAUCACUCAAGAUAUGCUGCAGCCCAAAGUUAGGAGGUCUUUUUCUGACGAAGAAGGUAGUUCAGACGACCUGCUAGUGCUGUCAGAUGUUGACAGCGAAUCCUCAGACAUAAGCCAGCCAUACAUCAUGUGCAGACAGUGUCCUGAGUACAGAAGACAAGCAGUACAACCCUUUUCCUGCCCAGCACCAGACAGCGCACUGGGGACCCCCCAGGCCCUUGAGGAGGAUACACCAUCUACUUCCGCCAGCUUCACCUCAGCAGCCCAAGACUACGUGUGCCCUGUGCAAGGAAGUCAUGCCAUAUGUACCUGCUGCUUCCAACCCAUGCCUGACCGGAGAGCAGAGCGCGAGCAGGACCCCCGUGUUCCACCCCAGCAGUGUGCAGCUUGUCUGCAGCCCUUCUGCCACCUGUACUGGGGCUGCACCCGAACCGGCUGCUCUGGCUGCCUCGCCCCGUUCUGUGAACUUAACCUGGGGGACAAGUGUCUGGAUGGAGUGCUGAACAACAACAACUAUGAGUCAGACAUCCUGAAGGUGCUGCACCAGAUUCACCUGGGCGAGCUGGAAACCAGAAGGCCUCGAGGGACUUAUGCCACUAAUUACCUGGCAACCAGGGGCCUAACGUGGAAAAACAUAUUGGCAGAAAGUCUCAUGGCUCUGCAGCGGGGAGUGUUUUUACUAUCUGAUUACAGGGUCACCAGCAACACAGUGCUGUGCUACUGCUGCGGCCUACGCAGCUUCCGAGAGCUGACCUAUCAGUACCGACAGAACAUUCCUGCUUCUGAAUUGCCAGUAUCUGUGACAUCCCGUCCUGAUUGCUACUGGGGCCGUAAUUGCCGCACUCAGGUGAAGGCCCACCAUGCGAUGAAAUUUAAUCACAUCUGUGAGCAGACAAGGUUCAAGAACUGAACAUCAGGGAAACAGCACAGAGCCAUGGAGACAGGGACACUGUGUUUUGAAAAUUCUGAAUACAGACCUCUGAGGGUAUUUUUACCAUUCCCAGUAGUGCAGGCUGGACUCUGUGAUUAGCCACUGUGGAGCUUUAACGUGAGCGAGAUGCCCAGUCAGCCUGGAGGGCAAGGUGGCAGCAACAGCCUUCUGCUGAAAACCGGCAGUUGAGCCCACACUCAGGCCUCCUGCCAGAUCCACAGUUGGACCCACCCUCCGCAAGUGGUCACUGUGCAGGUUUUCUCUUUUUGUUCCUUUUCCAGAACUGCAGUUAAAAUGGAAAUCUCUUUUCAGGAAAAAUUUCAUGAAAGAAAGGGGAAAGUGUCAGAAGCACUCUGUUAGGGAAAGGGAACGUGUAGGUUUACAGCAUACAGGAUGUACAGAAUAUUCUGCUGUUGGGACAAACACAGCCUCUUAUAUAUUUUUUAAUAGUUAUGGUGCUUAUCUUCUAAUAAGAUUUAAAUAUCACAAACGGUAGUGCAAAUAAUAUAAUUUAUAAUUUACAAAUUGACUAAAUUGGGUAUAGUAUAUUUGAAAGAAGGUUUCUGAAUAUUAAAAAAAAAGAUCAAAUGUCCUAGACUGCCAACUAUGGACACAGAUGACAAGUAAGCAGCUCCUUGCUGAUGCUGGUGAGUUGUGUCACUGCCCUCCCCAGCACUGGGCUGGCCAUGGGCUGUGGUGGAGUAAGAUGAGGCUAGCUCCAGCCUCUGCCAGGCCUCUACAGAGCAGGUGGAUGAAGGGCCUUCCCCGCUGGAGCCCUCCCCUCCUACAUUAGGUUUGCCACAUUAUCUGGAAUUAUACUUGAAAUUUUGUUUUUUGUUUUUAAAAAAAGUUUUAUUUUUUGUUGAACUCACCUGUUAUGUUUGUUUGCAAGCUGGUAACUUUUUUGCUUCUUCUCAGGAAUACACUUUUCAAUUGUUGUCUUGCUCUUGAUACACACUGAGAGGCAGCACUCUUCUAUCUGUGGGAGAGCAAUUCCUCUCUCAGUUCUAAUAAACAAGCCGUGUUUGUUUCUCUCC